AACGCUAGAUAUAGUAGAUACCAGGUCUAGUAGAAUUAUUUUCCUGCGGUAGCCAAGUUGUCCAGCGCUCGACAUAUAAAAAAGGUGAUGGGGUCCGCUGUUCCAACCGCUACCAGCCCACCGCGCGCCCACGGCUCCCGCCACUCCACAACCACAAGUUCCAGGCUUCUCGCGCAGUCGCGCGCCGCGAAGCCUUCCACCGCUUCCGCUGCACUCGCCGCAGGCCGCCGCCACGCCAUGGACCCCCUCUCCCUUCUCUUCCUCCCGCGCGUUCCGCGCCGCUCGCUUCCCCUGACCACCGCCGCGCCAUUAAUUUACUCUAGGAGGCCAGGCGGUACCUGCCUCGUGCAGCGACGGUGGCGCCGCGCCGCCCGGCUGUCGGUGUCGGCCGUGGCUGCCGAGACGCCGCGGACGGAGGAGCCGCAGUCACCGUCGCCGUCCGGGCAGGAGCGGUUCGACUGGCUGGACCAGUGGUACCCGCUGGCCCCCGUGUGCGACCUCGAUCCCCGCGCGCCGCACGGCAAGACGGUGCUAGGGCUCAGCGUCGUCGCCUGGUACGACCGCGGCGCCGGCGAGUGGCGCGUGUUCGACGACGCCUGCCCGCACCGCCUCGCGCCGCUCUCCGAGGGCCGCAUCGACGACAAGGGCCGCCUCCAGUGCGUCUACCACGGCUGGUGCUUCGACGGAGCCGGCUCCUGCAAGUUCAUCCCCCAGGCCCCCGCCCUCGGCCCCCCGGUGCACAAGAACAGCAAGGCGUGCGUGGCCUCGUACCCCUGCGUGGUACAGAACAACAUCCUGUGGUUCUACCCGAGGGCCGAGGCCGAGUACAAGGACGUGUUGCAGAGGAAGCGGCCUCCGUACAUCGCCGAGAUAGACGACCCGGAAUUCGUCACCGUGUAUGGCAUCAGGGAUCUCUUCUACGGGUAUGAUGUUUUGGUAGAGAACCUCAUGGACCCUGCUCAUGUACCGUAUGCGCACAAGGGGAUAAUGCGCGGAAUCCGCAAGAAGGAAGAUCCAGGGAGAGUUGAGUAUGACAAAGAGGGAGGCGGUCCCAUCAAGAUGAAGAUCGAGCAGGCAAACAUAGAGGGAUUUUUAUCGCCUCAGGAACGGGGCUACUUCCAGUUCGUCGCACCGUGCACGUUCUAUGGCUCACCGUUUCGCCAAGAGGGCAAGCAGAAGACGCCUCGGGUCAUGCUGGUGUUCUUCUGUGUCCCGGUUGCUCCUGGGAGGAGCAGGGUUAUUUGGGCGUUCCCGAGGAACGUUGGGGUUUGGCUCCACAAGAUCACACCGCGGUGGUUCUACCACAUCGGCCAGAAUCUUAUACUGGAUUCAGACAUUUACCUCCUCCACGUUGAGGAGCGCAAAUUUGCCGCGGCAGGCCUUGAUAGCUGGCAGAAAGCUUGCUAUGUGCCCACAUCGUCGGAUAGCAUGGUCAUCGCCUUCAGAAUCUGGUUCAGAAAAUUCUGUAAGAAUCAGGUUGGCUGGGCAACCCCACAGGUUGAUCAGCUGCCACCAACCCCUACCAAGGAUAAGCUCUUGGAAAGGUACUGGUCGCACGUCGCGCAGUGCACGAGCUGCAACGCCGCCCUCAAGGCCAUGAAGACGCUCGAGGUUGCCCUGCAGGUCGCCUCGGUCGCCGUCGUCGGGUUCCUCGCCGUCGCCAAGGGUACACUGGUCACGUCGGCUGUUCAGAGAGCCGUGGUCGUGUCCGCGGCCGUGCUGUGCUUCGCCGCGUCUCGCUGGCUCGCGAAUUUCAUUGAGAAGAACUUCUAUUUCCAGGAUUACGUCCAUGCUUACAAGUGAUGCGUUCAGGAAAUUCUGCGGGCUUUUGUGUCUUUGUGUAGUGUGUAACUUGACACAAAUUAGAAAUGUGUAGGAAGCGCAAGAAAUUAUUUGAUACAGGUAGCAGCUGUAUAUAAUCAACUAGCUAUCUUCAACGUCACCAAAACGAUUCGGGGGCACCAAAUGUUAAGAGUUACAAAUAAAGUACGUUCUUGUGGCGAUA